AUGAUUGACCAGAAAAAUACUAAAAUAUAAAAUGAUCACAUUUUGGUUGGUAGUUGUGAAAUGGAAGAUUUAACAAGUAACACAAUAGAUGAUUAUUGUUAGUCUAUCCGUAUGAAUUAGUUAAUAGGGAGUUUUUUGGAUUUAUAGAGAAAACAUCUUUUGUGAAGGAGAACUUUGAGUUGUUGUCGAAAGUAGGUUAAAAUUUAAGAUUGAAUUUUAAAGAUUGGCCGACAGUUGAAUAAGCAAUCUUACUGUUUUAAAAGAAUAUGUAUCAGUUUUGUUGAAUUUUCAAGCUAAAAUGCUAAAAGAAAAUCAAUCAAGUGGAGCGAUUUCGAGAAGAAACUCUUUUAUUGGAUAGUCAUGCGCUAUUAUAUCUAUAAAGGAAUUAAGGAUAAUAAACAAUUAGUAUUUAAUAUCAUAAAGUUGUUAAAAGGCUACAAACGAAUGGAGAGAAAUAUCAAAAAUGAUUCUAGGAAGAAAUGCUCAUUAAUGUCGAUUGAAAUGGGAACAAAAAUAUAAAAUUCCUUUAUCUGAGGCACCUUGGACUGAACAAGAAGACAAUUUACUCUUCAAAGUGCAUGAGUAUAGGCAUUUCUAAAUUUUAGAGAAUUUAAAAAAACAGGAAAAGAAAACAAGUGGUCUUAAAUUUCAAGAGAAAUAUAUAAAAGAUCUAACAAUAAAAUAUUCAGAUAACCCAAAUAAUGUAGAGAACGAUGGAUUAAUCGUCUAGAUCCGAAUAUUUCUAAGUAUUGAAAUGAUAAUAAUAGUGAUCCGUGGGAUAAAUAAUAAGAAAUUGAUUUAUUGAAGACUAUCUUAAUGAGAGGUAAGAAAUGGUCAGAACUAUCAACCCUUUAUGGCAGGGUUAGAACUGAGAAUUCAUUAAAAAAUAAAUACAAUUCGCUUCUAAAGAAAGAAAAAUUGAAAUAUGAAUUUGAAACGAUAAAUCCUCAUUUAUUUGAGAAAGUGUAAAAACUGCGAAAGGACUACGCUAAGAGAUAUGGAAACAUCACUCCAAUUGAAGAAAUCGAUAACUAUGAAUGGCAGUUUAUAGUUUUAGCAAUUUAAGGCUUAUACAUUGAGUAGUGCUUACAGGAAGGUAGGAUUGAAGAGGCUUAAAAAAUAAAUAAUGAUGACUUUUUUAAUCUAUUUCAUGAAGAUCCUUUAAUUAAAACAUCCAAGACUAUACUAUAUAAAAAGGAACUAACUAUUAAGUAGGUAGAUCCAAAUAUCAUUCUUAAUAAUGAAAAGUGUGGAGUCGUUAUUUUUAAUCAUAAAAAUAACAAAUUAUAUUUAACACCUUAUAAUGUAAUUGACUUCCAAAACAUAGUCCUAAAUCAAAUUAAAAAGAAGGUUAAAAUAGAAGAUAAUGCCACAACUUCAUCUACUUAAUCAGAUCCAAAUUAGACUUAUCUAAGAACAUCUAUAGGAACCUAAUCCAUCUAAUAAUUUUUAUACCUUACUAAUCAACCUAACUAUUAUGUUCCUUUAAAUUAGAGUAUGUUCAAUAGCUAUUGGCUUCCACCGGUUUUUCCAUAAUAAAUUGUAUCUUCAUAAAUUCAAAAUAAAAAUUUUAUUAGAAAUUAAACGCAAUUUUAAGAAGAAAAACAACUACAUUAAAACCUCUAGCAAAAUAAUUAGGAUAAUUUAAAUGAUAUUUUUGAAUAAAUCGGAGUGGAUAUUAAAAUAGUUAAUUCGGAUGAUGAAAAAUGA